AUGGUCCAGGAGCGCGAGGGCGACGGCGCGACUUCUGCGAGGGACGGAAGCUUCGAGGUGACGCACGAGGACGACACCGUGCUCUUCUCGAAACUGAAGGAGGGGCGGCUGCCGCGCCCGGAGGAGAUCUUGGAGGCGCUGGAGAAGAAGUUCGAGGCCGACGGCGUGGACGCGAUGGGCGGCGGCGGUUUAGGCGGCGCGGGGUGCGGCUAG